UUACAGGAAAAAUUUACAAAAUACGUUUGGUCAUAUAUGGAAUCAGGAAAGAAUGACGAUGAACAAAUUACGAUAGAUUCGGUGAAGAAACUGAUCGCGGCACGAGAUGAAAUCGAUCAACGAAUCGCUAAAGAAGAAGAAGUUCUUAAAAUGAAUAAUAUCGAUAUGGAACAAAGUUUAGUGGAUGCAGAAGGUUUUCCCAUCACAUCUGUUGAUGUAUACUCAGUGAGGCGAGCACGAUGUGCGAUUAUAUGCGCACAAAAUGAUCGCCAAAAAUUAACUUCACAAAUUGAGAAAGCUAUGCUUGUAUUACAUCAACAAAAACGCGAUUGCACGGCAACAUGCAGCGAACAUGCAGCAGCAGCAAAAGCAGAUGACAUUCCAGCGGUGCAUCGUACUAGUAAUGCUCCGUUUGCAAAGAUAGCCAAAGUAAUGGAUGGCUCGCCGGCCUUUUUAGCGGGUUUAAAGGAUGGCGAUCAGUUAAUACAGUUUGGCUCAUUACAUGCUGGCAAUUUUACCGAUAUAAUAGAACUUCUCGUUGUUGUACAAAACUCCAUGAAUAAGCCAGUACGAGUAACGGUUUUAAGGAAUGACAGGCCGGUACGCUUGGAACUUGUACCGCGAACGUGGUCUGGUAAAGGCACUCUCGGAUGUUCCGUACUUCCAGUCACCCCUGCUCAUAUAUGAAUCCCUUCAUCGCAUUAUGCACUAAUGUACAUUAUUAAUCGCC